UAUUUCAACGUAGACCUCCAGCAAUGACGAUUGCAAUGACCGUCCCUGGCCUACCAGCAGUAGCUGUACGAGUAUGUUCGGAUUUUCGGUUACGUGUUAUACAAUAAAUUACAAGUAAACAACGCAAUCGGCAAUUAAUGCGUAUACUUUUGGCAAAUAGUAUCGAAAAGAGGCCGGGAAGUCCAAGAGAGUCGACUCGGAGAGCGUGGAGUCUCCAAACAAAGCCGCAGAACGUGAUUGCCGGGCCUCUCCCUCGGUCUGGAGUACUCCCUGUGUUUGCCUUUGCAAUUUCGUUUUCAGUAUCCAAAUAUACAAAAUGGGCACAAUGCGCUCCGAUGGCUUCGAUGCGAAUCAUCGUCUCCCCUGCCCCUGCCCCUGCCCCUGCCCCGCUCAUCGUCUUCUCAUUUGUAUGCAUCGUGCGGCGCUGCAAGUGCGGAUUCAGCUCGGACGCGUAACGGCGAUUGGGAAGCCAUCGAAAAUAUUAUGCAAAGAGACCCAAGGGGCUUAUGAAAACGUUGUCCGCCAUCUGGAGGAAGCUCCACUCAUAUAUAAUGCCCGAUUGCCCUGCCACAAUAGAGUCAUUCGUGAACAAACUAUCGACGAGAGAUCAGCAUGAAGCCCCAGAUUGUCCUACUCUUCCUGGCCGCCAGCCUGGCUCUGGCUCUUGCCCGUCCGGAGCCGCCAAGAUCCCGCUACGGAGCUCCGCCUCCACCUGCCCCACAACAGGAAUACGGUCCACCGCCACCGGCUCAACCUUUGCCUGGCUACGGUCCACCAGCAGCCUUCUACGGUCCACCCGCUGCCCCCGCAGCCGAGGCCAUUGUCACCAAGAACGUGUACGUCCAUGUGCCGCCAGAGGAGCCGGAAUUCUAUCCAGCCUCUGCCCCCAUCCAGACGGCGGUGCCCAAGAAGCACUACAAGAUCAUCUUCAUCAAGGCCCCUAACCCACCCACGCCAGUCCGCCAAGUGCUGCCCCCACCAGUCCAGGACGAGCACAAGACCCUGGUGUACGUGCUGGUGAAGAAGCCCGAGGAGCAGCUGCCCGUCAUCCUGCCCUCGCCGGCCCCCACCGAGCCCAGCAAGCCCGAGGUCUACUUCAUCAAAUACAAGCAGCAGCAGAAGCCCGCUCCCCAAUACGGUCCACCCGCUGCGCCCGCCGAGGAAUAUGGCGCCCCACCCGCUCCCCGUGGCCUGGAGCAGUUCUAGUCAUAAGUCGCAAAGUCCAGUCCAAAAAUGUAAAUAUAUAAAUUAUGAUUUGCAAUCGAAUGUUGCCAUUAAAUACGGUUUAAAAGAUAAA